AUGUCCACUGUGGUAGCUCAGUCGCUGCAUGUUUUUGGUCUUCGAUCCCACGUGUCCAACAAUGUGUUCUUCUUCGAUGAACAGAUCAUUAUAUUUCCUUCAGGAAAUCACUGUGUGAAGUACAAUGUGGAUCAGAAGUGGCAAAAAUUCAUUCCAGGCUCAGACAAGAGUCAGGGCAUGUUGGCCUUGUCCAUCAGUCCCAAUCGGCGAUACCUCGCUAUCUCCGAGACUGUGCAAGAAAAACCCGUCAUCACCAUUUAUGAGCUGUCAGCCGUCCCUUGCCGAAAGCGCAAAGUCCUUAAUAAUUUUGACUUCCCAGUUCAGAAGUUCAUUUGCAUGGCUUUUUCUCCAGACUCCAAAUACCUCUUGACCCAGACGUCACCUCCAGAGUCAAACCUUGUCUAUUGGCUGUGGGAAAAACAGAAAGUAAUGGCCAUUGUUAGAACUGAUACUCAGAACAAUGCUGUCUACCAGGUGAGCUUCAAUCCCCAGGAUAACACUCAGAUUUGUGUCACUGGAAAUGGGAUGUUUAAGCUUCUCCGUUUUGCUGAGGGAACCCUGAAGCAAACUAAUUUUCAGAGGGGAGAACCCCAAAACUAUCUCGCCCACACCUGGGUGUCUGAUGACAAGAUUGUUGUUGGCACUGACACAGGCAGGCUCUUCCUCUUUGAGUCUGGAGAUCAACGCUGGGAGACAAGUAUCAUGGUCAGGGAGCCCACCAGCGAGACGAAAAACCUGGGGGUGAUCCAGGAAUCCAAGAGCCUGAUCGAAUUUCCGACAAUCACCUCCCCAGUCCCUUCCUACGAGCAGGUCGUGAUGGCCAGCAGCCACCACCAGCUGUCCCUGCCCCAGGUGUCUGCCAUCGCAGCCUAUUCCAAGGGAUUUGCCUGCUCUGCUGGGCCAGGGAGAGUUCUACUGUUUGAGAAGAUGGAAGAGAAGGAGUUUUACCGUGAGAGCAGGGAAAUCCGGAUUCCUGUGGACCCACAGAGCAAUGACCCGAGUCAGUCAGACAAACAGGACGUGCUCUGCAUGUGCUUCAGCCCCUCCGAGGAAACGCUGAUCGCCAGCACCAGCAAGAGCCAGCUCUACAGCAUCACCAUGUCCCUGACGGAGAUCAGCAAGGGGGAGACUGCCCACUUUGAGUAUCUGAUGUACCCGUUACACUCAGCGUCCAUCACUGGUCUAGCUACUUGCAUCCGCAAACCCCUCAUUGCCACCUGCUCUGUGGAUCGGUCUGUUCGCAUCUGGAAUUACGAAUCAAACACCCUGGAACUAUUUAAGGAAUACCAAGAAGAAGCUUAUACAAUCAGCCUUCACCCCUCUGGACACUACAUUGUAGUAGGGUUUGCUGACAAACUACGCCUUAUGAAUCUACUCAUUGAUGAUAUACGUUCUUUCAAAGAAUAUUCUGUCAGAGGGUGCAAAGAGUGUUGCUUUAGCAACGGAGGUCACCUGUUUGCUGCAGUCAAUGGGAAUGUGAUUCACAUUUUUUCCACCACCAGCCUGGAGAACGUCUCGAAUCUGAAAGGACACACAGGGAAGAUUCGUUCAGUCGCGUGGAAUACAGAUGACAGCAAACUGAUUUCUUGUGGCACAGAUGGUGCUGUAUAUGAAUGGAAUCUGUCCACAGGAAAGAGAGAGACAGAAUGUGUGCUCAAGUCCUGCAGCUACAACUGUGUUACCAUCUCCCCUGAUGGCAAAAUCAUCUUUGCUGUUGGAUCAGACCAGACUCUCAAGGAGAUAGCAGAUUCUUCAGUUCUUCGAGAGAUGUCAGCAUUUGACGUCACCUACACAGCUAUCGUCAUCUCCCAUUCCGGGCGCAUGAUGUUUGUGGGCACCUCGGUGGGAACCAUUCGUGCGAUGAAGUACCCGCUGCCUCUUCAGAAAGAAUUCAACGAGUACCAGGCCCAUUGCGGUCCUAUCACCAAGAUGUCGCUCACCUUUGAUGACCAGUUCCUGCUGAGCGUCGCCGAGGAUGGCUGCCUGUUCACCUGGAAGGUCUUUGAUAAGGAUGGUCGGGGAAUCAAGCGAGAGAGGGAGGUGGGCUUUGCUGAAGAGGUGCUGGUUACCAAGACGGACAUGGAAGAGAAGGUUCAGGUUAUGUUGGAGCUGAAGACUCGUGUGGAAGAAUUAAAAAUGGAGAAUGAGUAUCAACUCCGACUAAAGGAUAUGAACUAUUCUGAGAAGGUUAAGGAGCUAACGGACAGGUUCCUCCAGGAAAUGGAGUCCUUGAAAACGAAAAACCAGGUUUUAAGAACAGAAAAAGAAAAGCAGGAUGCACUCCAUCGUGAACGCAUGGACGACCUCCUGGAAAAACAGAGCCGGGAACUGCAGGACUUGGAAUGUUGCAACAACCAAAAGUUGCUUCUAGAAUAUGAGAAGUACCAGGAGUUGCAGCUCAAGUCCCAGAGGAUGCAGGAAGAGUAUGAGAAACAGCUUCGGGAUAACGAAGAGACCAAGAGCCAGGCCCUGGAGGAGCUGACUGAGUUUUAUGAGGCCAAACUACAGGAGAAAACCACCCUCCUGGAAGAGGCGCAGGAAGAUGUCAGGCACCAGCUGCGCGAGUUUGAAGAAACCAAGAAGCAGAUUGAAGAAGAUGAAGACCGUGAGAUCCAAGAUAUCAAAACCAAGUAUGAGAAGAAGCUUCGGGAUGAAAAGGAAUCAAACCUGCGGCUCAAAGGAGAAACGGGCAUCAUGAGGAAGAAGUUCAGCAGCCUGCAGAAAGAGAUUGAAGAGCGAACCAACGACACUGAGAUUCUGAAGGGAGAGCAGGUGAAGCUGCAAGGAGUCAUCAAGUCCCUGGAGAAGGACAUCCUGGGUCUCAAGCGGGAGAUCCAGGAAAGAGACGAGACGAUUCAAGAUAAGGAGAAGCGAAUCUAUGAUCUGAAAAAGAAAAAUCAAGAACUAGAGAAAUUCAAGUUUGUGCUUGACUACAAAAUAAAGGAGCUGAAGAAGCAAAUAGAACCUCGAGAGAAUGAGAUCAAGGUGAUGAAGGAACAGAUUCAAGAGAUGGAAACUGAACUGGAGCAUUUCCAUAAGCAGAACACACAGCUGGAGCUGAACAUCACAGAAUUGUGGCAGAAAUUAAGAGCUACUGAUCAGGAGAUGCACAGAGAGAGACAAAAGGAGCGGGACUUGGAGGCGCUGGUCAAACGGUUUAAGACGGACCUUCACAACUGCGUGGCGUGCCUCCAAGAACCCCGGCAGCUGAAGGAGAAGGUCCGCGCUCUCUUUGAGAAGUACGUGCAGGGGGCAGACAUGGUGGAGAUCACAGGGCUGAACUCGGACCUGCAGCAGGAGUACACCCGUCAGCGGGAGCACCUGGAGAGGAGCCUGGCCACUCUCAAGAAGAAGGUGGUCAAGGAGAGUGAGCUGCACCGCGCGGAUUAUGUCCGCAUCAUGCAGGAAAAUGUCUCCCUGAUCAAGGAGAUUAAUGAGCUCCGCAGAGAGCUGAAGUUCACCCGCUCCCAAGUCUAUGACCUUGAAGCAGCCCUGAAACUGACCAAGAAAAUUCAACCACUAGACGUUCCAGAGACAGAGUCCGGCAAAGACUUGCCAGGCAUGCCUCCCACCGUGAGACUGAAUGAGCAAGAAGAAACUGGGAGAAUCAUUGAGAUGCAGCGCCUGGAGAUCCAGCGCCUCAGAGACCAGAUCCAAGAACAAGAGCAGCUCCCAGGCUUCCACCCCUUUGCCGGGAUGCGGUUGCCUUCCCUCCUGGGGGCAGAAGCAGACUUAAAGCUGCAGACCAAGUGACCCCCUCUGGUGAGCCGUC